AACACCACCACAUCUCGCUCGGUCACAAUUAAUCUCGCGCGCUAGAAUCAAAAAGGAAAGAGAUAGAUGGAUGUGUACCUGAUGUUCCACAGCGCGGUGAUGCACGUCGGCGCGGCGCUGGUGGUGCUGGUGUACAUCCCGCUGUCGGCGGCCGUGAAGCUGCUCGUGUGGGCGCUCGUGAAGCCGCUGAGGAGAGAGGACCUGCGAGGGAAGGUCGUCCUCAUCACCGGCGCCUCCUCCGGCAUCGGCGAGGAACUGGCCUACCAGUACGCAGCGCAAGGGGCGUGCCUCGCGCUGGUAGCCCGGAGGAAGAAGGCUCUCGACGGCGUCGCCGCCGCCGCCCGGGGGCGCGGCUCGCCGGACGUCCUCGUCCUCCCGGCCGACGUCUCCGACGCCGACCAGUCGAGACGCGCCGUCGAGGAGACGGUCGCGCACUUCGGCAAAUUGAACCAUCUGGUUGCCAAUGCCGGGGUUUGGUCCUCUUGCUCCUUCGACGAAGUCACCAACAUAACCGCUUUCACCAAGAUGAUGGACGUGAACUUUUGGGGAUCCGUUUACCCGACCUACUACGCCCUGCCACACCUCAAGGCCAGCAGAGGGAAACUCGUCGUGUCCUCCUCCGCUGCAGGAACCGUCGCCACGUCAAGAAUGAGCUUCUACAACGCGAGCAAAGCGGCGCAGUUGAGGUUCUACGAGACGCUGCGAACCGAGCUCGGCUCGGAGGUCAGUGUCACCAUUCUCACCCCUGGCUACGUCGAAUCCGAGAUGACCAAGGGCAAGGCCAUCCAAAGCGGCGGCGAGCUCGCCGUCAACGAGGAGGCCAGAGAUGCGCAGAUCGGCGUGUUCCCCGUGGGGCGGGUGGAGGAGCUGGGCGAGGUGGCCAUGGACGGCAUCCGCGCCGGCGACUGGUACAUCACGUGGCCGUCGCUGUUCCGGCCGCUGCAGCUGAUAGCCUGCCUCGCCCCCGAGGUCCUGCACCGAGCGUGCCGCCUGCUGUACAGCACGGGGGGGAAGGGGGGCCAGCCGCUCGGCAAGAGGAUCAUGGAGGCCACCGGCGCCAAGCGGCUCUUCCCGGAGGCUCUCCGGCGCAGCCCGGCCAUCAAGACUGACGAGGAGGAGGAGGAGGAGGAGUACGACGACAGCGGCGCUAGAGAUGUAACCACGGUGAACGUGCUGCAUUGCAGGAAGGGUUCGUGAGCCGUACGUGCCAAUUGUAUCUUGUUCCUUUCAAUCUUUCGGAUGCAAUUAUGUACUAAUACUGCCAAAUUGUAUUUGAACCUUGGACUCCUCAACGGUACUACCUGCGUCCCAUGAAUAGUGUAUUUUUUACCGUUUAUAUUAACAUUUGA